CACUUACUCAAUUUGCCGAGGGAUAGUGAGGUACACUUGAUUUCCCUCGAUUUAUGCAGCAUUUUCAGGUACCGGCCUAAGCUCACUGGUCCAAGCUUGCCUUUUGCAGACCUGACAAUUGAGGCAGCUUUUCCAUAGCAUCAUUCGAUUCCGUCGCGAACGUCGUUUAUCAUCGACAAUCAAUCACUCGCUCAGAUCUCGGAGAACCGAAUAGCACAUCGCAAACAGCACCCACCCAAUUGGCCUCGGUAUACAUCAUACAGUCAAAAUGUCCGACGAGGAGCGCGUUACCAAGCCUUUCAAGUUCGUCACAGGCGUCGACGCUCGGUUCCCGAACACCAACCAGACCAAGCACUGCUGGCAGAACUAUGUCGACUACCACAAGUGCAUCCUAGCCAAGGGCGAGGACUUUGCUCCCUGCCGUCAGUUCUGGCUGGCCUACCGCUCCCUCUGCCCCAGCUCAUGGUACGAGCGUUGGGACGCUCAAAGAGAGGCUGGCAACUUCCCUGUCAAGCUGGAGCAGUAGACUUGAUAUAUUUGGAGGAAGUAGGUGUUGAGGUUGAGGGGAAUGGGGCGUGGAAAGCUGCUUAUCAUAGAAUCACCUCCCCACGGUGCCGUGAGUCAAUAGAUGUUGUUCUGGUUAUAUCGCAUUUUGAGGACUCAACUGCCCUCAUAUUCUGACUUCGUGAAUUAUAUAUCAAUUAUGUUGCGUUGUUAUCGGGUGAUAUCUCAAUCAUGACGGUUUUUCGAGAUUACACAAGUCACAAAUACGGAUUAUUUCACUGUCAAUCAAAAGCCCCAGUCGUAUUAUAAAAACCACUGUGAGACGACCCCUUAUAACCCCUAACAUUAAAGACCGCUCGUGAUGUCCCGGAACGCCUGAAUUUGCAAACAAAAUACAAAACGUCAGUUCUUCCUAUUUGCUCUCGUUCUCAUCAUCUGAACUCAUGAACUCGUCAUCUUCGUCAAAGCCGCUGAACUUCAUGCUCUUUGCCGGAGCCUUGGCUUGAGUCGGUGCCUUUUCCUUGCCCUUUCCUUUGUCGACCUUUUCAGGUUCCGAUGGUGGCGAAGUUGGUGCUGAACUCUCGCUCUCACCACCUUCGGCCAUAUCCUCGUCACUAGAGGCCUCCUCUAGUGGUACUACAACGUCUUUGCUGCUGGAGCCUGGGGUCACAAUCAUGUUGUCGGUGAUGUUUCCCGCCUUAAGAGCCGCGAGCACGGCAUCUCUUGUCCUCUCCCCUGCCUCCUCUUUGUCCUCCACCCACUUUCCGUCGAGACGACCCUUGCCCCCGUACUUGAUUUCGUGCUCCUUCUUCUCUGUCAUCUCCACGAUCUCCUCCCACCGUUUCCGACGCUUCUCUUUUUCCUUCUUCUCCAUGUCGGGCUUAAUGGCUAGGUACUCGGCCAACGCCUUGGCCUCGUUGGCGGUCCUGACACGACGUCCAUCCAGGUUGCGACUUGAUCCGUUGUUAUCGCCGUUGCUCUUUUUCUUUGACGACAUGCGACCACCGGCGGCACGGAGCUGGGACCCGAAGCCACCCUUGCCACCACAUAACGGGGCCGAAAGUCGGAGUGAAAGGAAGUCAUUGCUGGGGUCUGGUAGAAGAGACCGGACUUUUUGUGUCGAUGUUGAUGAGAUGUUCUUGUUAGAGUGUGUGGUGAGGAAGAGGCGCUGGUUUGGGAGAGCCACCCGGCGCUCUAGUUGGUCCCAUAUCUCUGAUGCGGCUGACGUGGAUUCGAUGGGGAAAGAUACGGUCGAUGCCGCGCCCAGUCCUGGGAAGGUCGAAACCAGGAUAUUUAUUGUUUCCGUCAUCGCGAAGGUGUAUUUUUUGGUUCUAUAUGAGCCUGCUCAGGUUCUGCAGUCUUUGAUCGUGAUGUUGUGUACAGGAAUUUGGUCUAGCGUCGUUGAAUGAUAACUGGCUUGACUGGAUGAUGAGGCUUGGAGUGCGAUUCUUUAGACGCG